AUGGCAAUGACAGGACAGGGGUCUCCCACCGGAGUUGGUCAGAACUGCUGUGAUGGGUCUCCCAACGGGCUUUCCCAGGUCGACUGUGACAGCAAAACAAGCAAUGCUCAAGGCCAGGCGGCAGAACAACAAGUCAAGUGGGAUAACGCUGGAGAAAAACCCUACAAGUGUGGGGAAUGUGGAUAUAGGACAGCUGUGAGGUCCAACUUAUCCAAACAUAUGAGAACCCACACAGGAGAAAAACCUUACAAGUGUGACCAGUGUGGCUAUUCUGCAGCUCAGAAAUCAGACUUGGUCAUUCAUCUAGCAAAGCACACUGGUGAGAAACCCUACAUGUGUGAGAAGUGUGGAUACAGGACAGCGAUGAGGUCCCACUUAUCCCGACAUAUGAGAACCCAUACAGGAGAAAAACCCUACAAGUGUAACCAGUGUGACUAUUCUGCAGCACGGAAAGCUCAUUUGGACAAACAUCUAGCAACACACUCCGGUGAGAAACCCUACAUAUGUGGGGAGUGUGGAUACAGGACAGCUCAAAAGGCGAACUUACCCCAACAUAUGAGAACCCAUAUAGGAGAAAAACCCUACAAAUGUGACCAGUGUAGCUAUUCUGGAGAUACUAAGUCUGCCCUAACUCGACAUAAAAGAAUUCACACGGAGGCACCAACUCUGGAACUGUGACCAUCUCGUAGUGACAUUUAAUGUGCAUAAUCUUCUCUUAAGUAUAGUUUUUCUAUCUUCAGACUAUAUGUAGCUUACGGAUACAGCACAAUAAUUUUGAAACCAUUUAGGCUAACUACAUGA